AUGGUUCAAGUAGUAACUUCAUUAUCAGACUUCAACGAGGAAUUAAAAUUCAAUGGUUUAGUAGUUGUUGAUUUCUUCGCAGAAUGGUGUGGACCUUGUAAAAUGAUUGCUCCAUUAUUAGAAAAAUUUGCAAAAGAAUAUUCAAAUGUUAAAUUUUUAAAAGUAGAUGUUGAUAAUUCAAGUGAUAUUGCUCAGAAAUACGAAAUUUCUUCAAUGCCAACUUUAAUCUUUUUCAAAAAUGGUGAACAAGUUCAAAAAGUUAUUGGUGCUAAUCCAAGUGCUAUUAAACAAGCUAUUGCUUCAAAUGCUUAA